AGUAGGAUGGUUUAUAGUGCAAUUUUGUAUUUCACUUCAUUAUAGGAAUAAGACUUAAGUCUGUAAUGGUUCUCGUGUCAUUUCACACGUCUCGACGGUUUCUUCCGUGCAGCUGGGAAGAGCAACAUAACAAACUACACAUCCCGGCAUCCAGUGCGUCGUCGCUUUUCACCAAUGAGGAGCGUGCGAUUUUGGCGCUGAUCGGGGAGUCAGGGCCCGAAGCGGGGAGCUUUUGUUACAGCUAGAGGGAGAGAGGGAGCCCCCUUAGCGUAAAAAAAAAAAAAAAAAAAAAACCAAAAAACAAAACAACACAGGGAGCUAGAUUUGUUCAAAUUUCACCCCAACGUCGGCGCAAAAUACAAAACCCUCUGAGGCUUCCGGCUCCUAAACUGGUGGAAGCAGUCGAAAAUUGGCCGUAAAUUACCCCCUGGUAUAUGCCAUCAUAGUGUUCGCAGAAGAAGAGGCCUCCACUCCAGUUCAGCACGCUAGGCUAACGCUGUGCAGCUUUUGUGUUAGCUUCGCUUAGCUUAGCCUAGCCUCGCUAGUGCAGGGCUAGUCUGUUUCCUAACUGUUGCACCGGGAGCCUCUCGCAUUGGCUGUAUGUUUAGAAUGGAACACGCUGAAGGCCCUGUAAGAAAAAGGGAAAGUUAAGGAUGCAGGAGCAGAACAAUGGAUUUCUCCUUCUCUUUCAUGCAAGGGAUCAUGGGAAACACAAUUCAACAACCACCUCAGCUCAUUGACUCCGCCAACAUCCGGCAAGAGGACGCAUACAAUGCCAGCAGUGACCUGGGGCAAGACGGGGGCCCCUCUACCUACGAGUCUGCCCUGGAGUCCGGCUUUUGCUACCCUCCCUCAGCCUCAGAGGACCUGCCGGGUAUCACUAAUGGCUACCCACCAGCCAUGGGCCUGUAUGAGUCCCAGGCCAAAUACACCAUGUACUCGCAAUUCCCCAAUGGCUCAGCCAACGGCUAUAGUGCCAUCCGGAACUAUGGUGAUCACUCCCUUCUGCCUGGAGAAGGCACGGUAUUGAGGGCGCCCGUUGUCCAUGAGAAACCUCCGGCUUCUUUGUCACCAGCUCCUAACUAUCAUCCCUCUCAUCAUCACCAGAACCAUGCACCGCAUCCCAGCAGUCCCUUGCCUUUGCACCCACAACAUAACCCGCUCCCAUCCCAUCUCAUGGCCCACGUUGUACCUCCACCUGUACUCCUACCUACUUCCCCCCCACCUGCCUCACUUCUGGACAGCACUCCACCGCACCCCUCAGCGCCGGUUCUGCCCAACGCCUCCAAGAAGACCGGAUCCCCCGAGAUCAAACUGAAGAUCACCAAGACGUACCACAACGGGCGGGAGCUGUUUGAGUCUUCCCUGUGCGGUGACCUCCAGCACCAGGCUGAGGCUAGUGAUGCACCGCGGCGCAGGCACGAACGCAAGAAAGAGAAAAGGAAACGGAGCGGCAGCCGACAUGGCUGGAGCGCGGAGCAAGAGGUGCAGCCACUCCCAGAGGAAGCACCGGUUCCAGCUCGGCUCCCACACGAGGCCGAAUCAAGGGAGCCGGAGCCCAACAGACCAAGACAGGAAGCACUCCGCACUAAUGUCCAGAGUCCUAAAGUAGAGCCCAGGGACCUUAAAAUUCAGAAACAGUCUCCUGCAGUUGUCCCAGGCUCCGGUAGCUGUAAGGAUCACCAGGUUGGCGACCUGGUUUGGGCCAAGGUGGGAACGUACCCUUGGUGGCCCUGCAUGGUGUCCUGCGACCCGCAGGCCAAGAUUCACACUCGGAUAAAUACGCGAGGUCACCAGGAGUACCAUGUGCAGUUCUUUGGCAGUGUGCCAGAGAGGGCAUGGAUCCAUGAGAAGCGGGUAGUGGUGUACCAAGGCAAGCAUCAGUUUGAGGAGCUGCAGGCUGAGACACUACGCAAGACCUCCAAUCCUGCCGAAAGGCACAAGCUUCUGAAGCCUAUUCCCCAGAGGGAGCGUGCCCAGUGGGAGGUGGGCAUUGGCCAUGCGGAAGACGCCUUUCUGAUGACGCGUGAGGAGCGCGUUGAGAACUACACAUUCAUCUACGUAGAUGAGGUGCCUGGUACUUCACCCCCACCAGCCUCCAAAACAGGGCGGGGAGGACGGAGGUCCCGGGGCAGUGCUGGUGGGCGGGAGGAUAACCCUGGCUCCCUGGCAGGAGAGCAGCGUGCCGGCCGGCAGCAGCCCCGACGCCAGUGCAGCCAGAGUAGCACCAGGGGGCCUUCGGAGGAAGAGGGAGAUGAAGAGUGGAGCUCACGCGCCCAGCUCCAGGCCUCCACUGGACCCACUGAGGACCAGCAGCAGGAGCAGCAGUCCCCUCCAGUGAGAACUAUGUGGAAGACUGCUGCUGCCCGUAAACUGCUGCCCGCCUCCAUUACCAUGAAAAAACUCAACGUGGAGAUCAAAAAGUGUGACUGGCCCCUCUCUAAGGAGAGGACUGUGUCGCCCAGGAGGCCUGACGGGGAAAGCAAGCAGGCCGAGCAGGAUCACCGCUCUCCCAGGGACUGCAGCACCAAAACAGAGGUGAACUCCAGGGAGCCGGAGCGACUGGUUUCCUCCACAGGGCGAAGGGGUGAGGCUGGUGUGACGCAGCAUGCUUCAAUGGAAGGCACUCCAGGCUCCCUCGAGCGCAAACAGCAGCGCCGGUCAGUGAGGAGCCGUUCCGAGUCAGAGAAGAGCAUGGAACCUGUCCCCAAGAAAAAGCCGAAGAAGGAGCAGGCAGAGAGUAUUCCACAAACAGCUUUGAAAACUGGCUCCCAAAAAGGUGCCAGCGAGAUCUCGGACUCCUGCAAGCCUCUGAAGAAGCGCAGCCGGGCCUCCACCGACGUGGAGACAUCCCACUCCCAGUACCGAGACACAUCGGACUCUGAUUCUAGGGGUCUCAGCGACCCUCAGGUGCUCUUUGGGAAGGGCCCAGACAGCCCCUUGGCAGCGGACGGUUCAGACACGCAGUCCGUGGACUCCAGCUUGUCGAGGCAAGGCAGCAGCUCGUCCAAGAAAGACACCGUCUGUCAGAUCUGCGAGCAGUAUGGGGACAUGCUGGUGGCCUGUGAGGGGGGCUGCUGCAGGCUUUUCCACCAGGAGUGCCUGGGCCUGACGUCCCUGCCGGAGGGAACCUUCACCUGCGUGGAGUGUAGAACCGGUUCCCACACCUGCUUCUCCUGCAAGGUGUUGAGCGCUGAGGUAAAGCGCUGCUCAGUCAACGGCUGUGGGCGUUUCUACCACGAGACCUGCGCACGCAAGUAUCCCAGCGCCACCAGCGAUCCUAAUGGCCUCCGUUGCCCCCAACACUGCUGCGCCACCUGCUGUCUGGAGAGAGACCUGCAAAAAGCCAGCAAAGGUCAUUUGAUGCGGUGCAUGCGCUGCCCGGUGGCCUAUCACACGGGGGACAACUGCGUGGCUGCCGGCAGUGUGGUCAUCACACCCCACAUUAUCAUUUGUAGCAACCAUUCCAGCUCCAAAAAGAAUGGCCACUUAACCUCACCGGUAAACGUAGGCUGGUGUUUCAUCUGCGCCAGAGGGCUGUUAGUGCAGGACCAUACUGACAACAUAUUAAGUUCAUAUGCCUAUAAGUCGCACUACCUUCUGACUGAGUCAAAUCGUGCUGAGUUGAUGAAAUUACCUAUGAUUCCUUCUUCUUCGUCAGCUACCAAAAAGAAUAUUGGGAAAGGGGGAAGACUGCUGUGCUGCGAGUCCUGCCCCGCCUCCUUCCACCCAGAGUGCCUGAACAUUGAGAUGCCCGAGGGGACGUGGUGCUGCAGCGAGUGCAGGGCCGGCAGGAAACCCCACUACAAGCAGAUUGUCUGGGUCAAGCUGGGCAGUUACAGGUGGUGGCCUGCGGAAAUCUGCAACCCUCGCCUUGUCCCUUUUAACAUACAAACCCUGAAGCAUGACAUCGGGGAGUUCCCUGUCUUCUUCUUCGGUUCCCACGACUACUACUGGAUUGGCCGAGGCCGCGUAUUUCCUUAUGUGGAAAGCGACAGGAAUUUCGCAGAGGGCCAGAUGGGCAUAAACAAGACUUUCAAAAAAGCACUUGAAGAGGCUGCCAGACGGUUCCAGGAGCUGAAGGCUCAGAGGGAGAGCCGAGAGGCCUUGGAGCAGGAGCGCAAUUCACGCAGACCCCCACCCUACAAGUUCAUCAAGUCCAACAAGCCGGUGGGGAAGGUGCAGGUGCACGUGGCCGACCUGUCGGAGAUCCCGCGCUGCAGUUGCAAGCCGACGGAUGAGAGCCCGUGUGGCCGGGACUCGCAGUGUCUCAACCGCAUGCUGCAGUACGAAUGCCACCCGCAAGUGUGCCCCGCUGGCGAUCGCUGCCACAACCAGCACUUUUCCCAGCGCCUCUUUGCCGAGACAGAGGUGUUCAAGACAGAUCGCUGUGGCUGGGGCCUCAGAACCAAGCAGGACCUGAAGAAGGGGGACUUUGUAAUGGAGUAUGUCGGGGAGCUCAUUGACUUGGAGGAAUGCAGAUUGCGAAUAAAACAUGCAAAUGAGAACCGCGUGACCAACUUCUACAUGCUUACUCUGACCAAGGACCGCGUGAUCGACGCCGGCCCCAAAGGGAAUUUCUCCCGCUUCAUGAACCACAGCUGUAGCCCCAACUGUGAGACGCAGAAGUGGACUGUGAACGGGGAUGUCCGCAUUGGGCUUUUCACACUUUGUGACAUUGAAGCAGGGACUGAGCUGACGUUCAACUACAACCUGGACUGUCUGGGAAACGGGCGAACCUCGUGCCACUGUGGAGCGGAGAACUGUAGUGGCUUCCUGGGAGUGCAGCCUAGGAGUGCCGUUGUCCUGGAGAAGGAAGAGAAGGCACGCAAUGCCAAACUGAAGCCCAAGAAGCGCAAGCUGAAGCCAGAAAACAGACAGACGCACGAGUACUUCUGUUUCUGCUGUGGAGAGGGGGGGGAGCUGGUCAUGUGCGACAAGAAGGACUGCCCCAAAGCAUACCACCUGCUGUGUUUGAACCUCACCAAACCACCAUUUGGCCGCUGGGAAUGCCCAUGGCAUGAGUGCAGUGUGUGCCAGUGUGCUGCUGCCUCUUUCUGCCACUUCUGUCCCAGCUCCUUCUGCAGGGAGCACGACAGAGGGGCCUUGGUGCCCUCUGCCCUGGACGGCCGUCCGUGCUGCUCCAGUCACGACCCGCAGAAUCCUUUGGGCUCACAGUCGGACCUCAAUAGAGCAACGAUCAAGGUGGAGCAACCGGAACCUUCCGAAGAGCCAGGAGAGUGAGGGGUGCUUCUGGUCAAGUGUACCAGAAUGUGGAGAAAAAGAGGGUUGAGACCCCUGGAAAUAAGGUGUUGUGUCAGUUUGAGGAGGUGCAGCAGAGAGCAGUGGACGACCGCUAAGAGGGAGCCAGGAUCAUUCCUGUGACUGUGUGGGAGUCACUGACAUCUCAAAGACUGAGCCUUCGAGUGCAUGCCAGUGUAGCCUCAGAUAGAGUCCACUACAAAGUUCAAUGACACCCAGCAUCUCUGUGUGAGGCUCACAGUACACAUUCUGUUUUUUUAUUCAUCAUUUUAUUACACCAAACACUUGUGUUUAAAAAAUAGGCUGUUAACAUGUACAUGUUGUAGUCUUUGAUUCCCUUUCUGUUGCUGCCUACUAUGAACUGUGGUGACUUGGGCUGUUUAGUGUGGGCCCUAUCACACGCCAUCCGGAGAACACAACUGCUCACCUGCCUUACACUCAAGCUCCUUCUUCGCCUUUCUAGAACAUACUCAGAGGGCACUUCCACAACAUGCUUUCUACAGCAUGUAACAUUGUUAAAGUACAAAAAAAAAGACUGGCAAAGGGACGUGGGGAAAAACUGUGCAAUCUAGGAAAAGAUACACUACAUUUCAAAAUCAUGAUAUAUUUUAAGGUUGGGCAUGUUAUUUUAAAGGUUUAUUUUACCCGCCUUUGAUAAAGAUAUUCAGCUUUUGUUUACCGUGGGACAAGUAGUUUUGAUACAUUCACGCAUGCGCAUUGGAAUUGUUUACGUUCACAGCUGCAUCCUUUCCACCAACAAGAAUCAGUUCAUUUUUCUUGUAUUUACUGCAGCAUCAGUAACAAAUGAUGUGCUGUUCAUAGACUUAACGAUAAUACUGUUGAAAUAGCUGUCACUUAACAUACGUGAGAUUUUUCAUGGACAAAAUUGGUUCUGUUCAAAUUGCAGUAGUACAAUUUCUUUUGGAUUUGAAUGAAAUCUUCUGGUCACUUCAUAAUUAAUUUCUGGGUGGAAUUACAUUUUUCCCUUUUGAUGUUUUCUGCCUCCAAGACUCCAAGAUUCUUCCUGCUCCUGUAUCUUUUCCCCCCCCCUACAACAGAGACUUUGAUAUCUUUAGAUAAAAUGACUUUUAGUCAUGUGCAGAGUUCUCAGUCGCUUUACCAAAUAUUGUACAUGUUGUUGAGGUUUCGCUAAUUAAUUCAUACAUUUUAAGUGAACUGUAAGAACUUUAAAUCUUUAAACUGUGUAAAA